CUUGAGAAAUUUUUUUUUUUCAGCUGCGAGGUUUCGUGUUCACCUCUUUUUCCUCUCAUUUCUUCUUCUUCCUCGCUUCAUACCUGUUGUAUUAUACCUGCAGGAGGAGAGGAAAGGAAAAGGGUAUUGUGCCUUUUUUUCUAUUUAUUUCUUAUACUAUUUUACGAAUAAGGGUUUUUUUUUCCUGCUGUUGCGAAAUCUUGCUUGCUCUCCCUGCUGCAUUACCAGAGCUUCACGAAGCGUGGGAGGUGUGGUAAAAAGCAAAGUAAGAAAUAAAAAAUAAAAAAACCGAAAACCGAAGAUAGGUGAGAAUUGUCGAAUUUGUUUGUUAGCUGACUUACUACUCGUACCUGAGCUGCGUGUCGAAGGGGGGCGUGUACGUGACGAACUUGACUCUUGAUUUCGACUUUCGCUUUCGGCUCCUACUGUACUUUUCCCUUCAUUCCUCUUCCGCAUUGAUUAGGUUUGUGAUUCGGCGUCGAACCGGAAAUGACAAAGUACGCUUAUUCUCACGGGAGGGUACCAUCUGACGAUUCUGUCGACCCGGUAGCCACGGAAAAGCACAAGAGACGGCGCCGAGAACGGGAUCUGGAAAGGGGCGAGAGUAGGCGUCACCACCGACGGGCAGGCGCUGCCGGCGAAGGUGGGGGGGAUAGGCCGAGGAGGAAGAGGAGACGGAGGUCUGUUCCUGCAGGGGCCUAUGACGCUGGUGAGCAUUCGGGGCAUAGGGAUGGGAGGGCUCGGAGAAGUAGGAGUCAGAGUGCACCCCCGCCCCCGCCCCCGCCGGAGAAGAGGAGGAGGAGGUGUGGGUCUUGCUUUUGGAUCUUGUUUGGUUUGACAAUUAUCCUGUUGAUCAUACUUAUUCCUGUUGGGGUACUGGUUGUUGGUAAGAGAAAGGGCGCUGCGGGUGGUGGGAUUGAGGAGGGGUUGGGGAAGGGCGAAAGGGUGGGAGCAUCGGCGAUAUUGAUGCUUCUAGUAUUCCGUCCGAGUAUAAGGGAACUUAUUAUGACCCGUUUACUUGGGUUGAUACGCAGGAUUUUAACCUUACCUUUACCGACCGGAAAGUCGGAGGUCUUCCUGUUAUGGGUCUUUGGGAUGACUACGAUGAUUCCGUCCAGGCGAAUGAGAAUGUUCCACCUUUGAACCAGGAGUUUCCAUAUGGGACUAAGCCUAUUCGUGGUGUCAAUCUUGGAGGAUGGCUUAUUGUUGAACCUUUCAUCACACCGUCUUUCUUCAAUAAGAUUGAUUCUAGGUUUGGCGUUGUGGACGAAUUCACUCUUAGCAAACAUCUUGGCCCUACCAAUGCAGCAAAGACAAUUGAACAACAUUACGCAAACUUCAUUAACGAGAGCGCUUUCCGGGAAGUUAGGGACGCCGGGCUUGAUCACGUUCGUAUUCCUUUCGGGUACUGGGCUAUCAUGACUCUGGGCGGCGAUCCGUUCGUUCCGAUGAUCUCUUGGAGGUACUUGCUACGGGCGAUUGAAUAUGCGAGAAAGUAUGGAUUGAGAGUCAAGCUCGACUUGCAUAGUGUGCCUGGAGGAGCCAAUGGCUGGAACCAUAGUGGUAAACUCGGGCCAAUCGGGUGGUUGAAUGGGACGGACGGAGAUACCAAUGCUCAAAAGACCCUGGACAUACAUAACCAGAUGGCGACAUUCUUUUCCCAACCUCGAUACAAGAACGUGGUGACUAUGUACGGUCUUGUCAACGAGCCGAAGAUGAUCUUCCUUGAUGCGGACAAGGUUAUUGAGUGGACCGUCAAGGCUCAUGGGGUUGUUCGUAAGGCAGGUUAUCAGGGGUACAUUAUUUUCGGUGAUGGGUUUAGAGGGUUGGAUAACUGGAAGGGUGAAUUCAAGAGCUUGGAUAAGAUGUUGCUCGACGUCCAUCAAUAUGUCAUCUUCAAUAAUGUGCAGAUUUCAGCAACGCAUUCCGCUAAAGUCAAAUUUGCUUGUGAUGGAUGGGGCCAGCAGAUGGCGCGGAGUGUUGAUACUUCCACUGGGUUUGGACCUACCAUGGUUGGCGAAUGGGGACAAGCUGAGACGGAUUGCACACCUUAUCUUAACAACGUUGGGAUUGGAUCGCGCUGGGAAGGCACACUCAAUUCUGGAGAUCCGCUCACUCAGACCGACACGCCGAGCUGUCCCGGUGGAAAAGGGUGCUCGUGCGAAGGAGCUAAUGCCAAUCCCUCCGAUUAUUCAAAGUCAUAUAAGAAAUUUCUCCUUAUGUUUGCUGAAGCCCAGAUGGAUUCCUUCGAAAAGUGCUGGGGGUGGUUAUACUGGACCUGGGACACCGAAGCCGCCACUCAAUGGUCCUACAAGAAGGGUCUUGCGGCUGGAAUACUUCCCAAGAAGGCAUACACCCGCUCCUUCAAAUGCGGCGAUACGAUCCCGGACUUUGGAAGUGAGGGAUUACCAGAAACCUAUUAG